CAGAAUAAUGAAUAUCUCUUACCAAUGAGAAUCUUGGUUCCAAUCUCAUAAAAGUUAGAAUCGUGCACGCCUCUCUAAGUAUCUCAUACAUUACAGACCCCAUCUUGAGUUAGAGAUCUUGUCCGAGGGAAAAGUGUUUUGUUGCUGUCUGGUUGAUAUGAACAGUGUUGUGAGAAGGAAACAAGUUGAUUCUGCUCAUCAUAUCAAAAAACACGAUGGAGAAGAUCAUCGUCAUCAGCUCGCCAAGAAAUUAACAGCUGUUGACCUUGUUGCUAUUGGAGUUGGAACAACAAUUGGAGCAGGAGUGUAUAUUCUAGUGGGAACAGUAGCUAGACAACACACAGGACCUGCUCUUGCUGUAUCAUUCUUCAUUGCUGGUGUAGCAGCUGCUCUCUCCGCUUGUUGCUAUGCUGAGCUUGCUUCUCGUUGUCCUUCUGCUGGCAGUGCUUAUCACUAUGCAUACAUAUGUCUUGGAGAAGGGAUUGCUUGGUUGGUUGGUUGGGCACUGGUGUUGGACUACACGAUUGGUGGAUCAGCCAUUGCACGUGGCAUAUCUCCAAAUCUGGCAUCUUUUUUUGGAGGGUCAGACAAACUUCCUGUGUUCUUAGCUAGACAAACUAUACCUGGACUUGGUAUUGUGGUUGAUCCAUGUGCAGCACUGUUGAUUAUGAUUGUUACAAUACUACUAUGCUUUGGUAUAAAGGAGAGCUCAUUAGUACAAGCAAUUGUAACAUCAGUGAAUGUAUGCACCUUGGUUUUCAUCAUAGUAGUUGGUGGAUAUUUAGCUUUUAAGACUGGCUGGGUUGGAUAUGAUCUUCCUGAUGGAUAUUUUCCUUUUGGAUUAAAUGGGAUUCUUGCUGGAUCUGCUGUAGUAUUCUUCUCAUACAUUGGGUUUGAUACUGUAACAAGCACAGCUGAGGAGGUUAAAAAUCCUCAAAGAGAUCUUCCGUUGGGGAUUGGGAUUGCAUUACUGAUAUGCUGCAUUUUGUAUAUGCUUUUAUCAGUAGUUAUUGUCGGAUUGGUCCCUUACUAUACACUGGAUCCUGAUACUCCUAUCUCCUCUGCAUUUGGAGACAGUGGGAUGCAAUGGGCAGCGUACAUCUUAACUACGGGGGCUAUAACUGCUCUGUGUGCGAGUUUGUUGGGUUCGCUUCUGGCUCAGCCGAGGAUCUUCAUGGCAAUGGCUAGGGAUGGAUUGUUGCCAGCGUUCUUUGCAGAAAUUAACCCACGAACACAUGUACCGGUGAAAAACACAAUAGUAAUUGGUGUGCUGGCUGCUUCACUAGCAUUUUUUAUGGAUGUUUCACAGUUGUCUGAGAUGGUUAGUGUAGGCACUCUGAUGGCAUUCACUGCCGUAGCAGCUUGUGUGUUAGUCCUCAGAUAUGUACCACCUGAUGGAGUUCCCUUACCAUCCUCCUCUCAAACUUGGACUGAUAGCGUUGAAAGUAGAGUGCAACCUGAAAAUGUUCUUGAAGAUGCUAUAGAAUCUUCUGAUUCUCCUCUUCUUGGUGAUGAAACAGCUCAAGAUGAAAAGUAUUUUGGAAAGAGAAGAAAAAUUGCUGCAUGGAGUAUAGCUCUUGUGUGCAUAGGUGUCUUAGGCCUUGCUUCAGGAGCUUCUGCUGAGCGUCUUCCAAGUUUCCCUCGGUUCACUAUGUGUGGUGUGAGUGCAACCGUUUUACUUGGCAGUUUGAUUACUCUUGGUUGCAUUGAUGAGGAUGACGAAAGGCACAACUUUGGACACCAAGGAGGGUUUCUCUGCCCAUUCGUCCCCUAUCUACCUGUUCUCUGUAUUUUGAUCAACACCUACUUGAUCAUCAACAUUGGAGCUGGGACAUGGAUCAGGGUGUUGAUAUGGCUGCUUAUUGGAAGCAUGAUUUAUCUAUUCUAUGGAAGGUCACACAGCUUACUGAACAAUGCAGGCUACGUUCCAACGACUUGUACAUGGGAAACAACAGAUCGCCUUGUUUGAGAUGGGUGGUUCAUAGAAAAGUUGAAGGCGUUGGAAGCUCAAGCUUUGUUGCAGCAUUUUAAAGAGAUGGCAGAAGAGUAAAAACACAUGCCAAUGUAUACAACAUUCAUGUACAUUGUUUAGUUAUUCAAUAUGUUUGUUCCUUAUCUUGUCAUUGAUUAAAGCAACGUUAAGAAUGUCCAGAAACGUCAAUUAGCUUCUAGACCA